GCCUUCAGUUUUAUGGUUUUUUUUUCUUCUUUUUCUAUCCAGUUGUCUGUUCUAAAGAUUAAAGCAGAGAUGGGAGAGGCAGAAGCAAUCCUCACGGAAGAAAAGCCAAGUGAUCCAAUCUCUAGCCCAGUGGAGGAGUCGGUGAUUUGGAGUCAAGAGGUUGAGGUGUGCUUAUUCCAUGCAAUGCUUGGCCAUAAACCUGUAGGUGUAAAUCGCCACUUUCAUAUGAUCUGCAUUCGAGACAAGUUUAGUCAAAACAUUGGUCGACAGGUGUCUUCAAAAGUGAUUUGGGACCACUUGAGCACAAUGUAUGACAUGCAAGCACUGCAUGAGUCAGAAAUCCUUCCAUUCCCCAAUUCUGAAAAAAGUUUUGUUCUUCCUGAAGAAAUCAUUCAGGAAGUGAAAGAAGGAAAAUCUGGUGCUGAGGAAGAUACAAAAGAAGAUAUCAAAGAAGAAAAUGAACCACAGGCAAUUUCAGAAGAAGGUCUGUGUCCCACAUUGGCUGGCCAGGAGGCUGAGAGGGAGCAUCAAUUCUGUGAAACUGGCCGAAAAAAUCAGCAACAAAGAAAAGGAGAGAGACAAAGAGAAGGUUUCAAGUGAUGGUUCUUCCAAGGAGGCAGCAGAUAAAAGGAAGCGGAAUCGAGCCACGGAGAAAGUGCUAACUGCAAACAGCAAUCCUUCCAGCCCAAGUGGAGCCAAACGGCGCCGGACGUAGCAGCAGACCUGGAACUGUAGCGUGCUCAUUUUUGAGUUGGAAAGAGAAUUGGUUUGCAGAAUCUGACAAAGAAGGACAAUUGGGGGGGAAAAUGCCAGCUAUGAUGGUGGCAAUGUACAGUAUGUGUUGUUUGUUCAUAGUGAUGAUUGACGAGCCUGGCAAAGAGGUGAACAGAUUUAACAAGACAAGAACAAACUACAAUUUGAAAAAAUCAUUCUCAUCCUUUUCCAGCUGUCAUCCUUUUUGGAAUAAGUGUAAUAAGUUUCUCAUUAACUUUAUGCCAUCUAUUAGCAACAUGAGUGACUGUAACUCUUGAGUGGACAGCUGCACAUAGUCUGUCACCCCAUGAUGUCGGGUUAUAAGAGUCUAAAAAACACUUUGGAAUUGGUGCGUAGUAUGAUGCCAGCUUUUUUACUUUACAGCUCUGUCCCUUUUAAAGGGAAAACUGAAUAAAGGCCAGUAAAAUGGUGAGAAUACACCUUUUAUAUUGUUGUAAUUGAUAGUUAGAUUAUCUGAGUAUUGUGUGCACUCUGUGCAGUAGGAUGUUCGGAUUCCUAGCAGCAUGUUUGAAUAAGCCCCUGACCAUUUUAAAAACGCAACAUUUUAAGGUUGCUGCAUGUGUGUAGUAUCCAUCACAGUUAGCUAAUUAAGCUGUUAGGAAAUAUUAGGAUUUUGGUCAGUUGUGUCUGUACUUUUAGAAAAAAAACUUUUUAAAUCUAUAUAUAUAUAUAAAAUUCUUUUUGCGUUUGAAGUGGAAAUUACAUAUGACCACGCGAUAUGGAAAUUACAUAUGACCACAGAACAUAUUAUAGUACAGGAACUAAUCACUUCGCUUGUGGACGACAUUUUUAUAUUGUCUUUACGAAUUAUUUGUGAGAGUUAUUUUACUACCUUGAAAAGAAGUAAACACAAACACGUGUUCUAUCCCAUAGAAGUGCGCCCCGUGUCGCCCUCUCCCAGCCUUCAUCUCUGGACUACAGCGCUGAGCUGUCUGCCACCAGGCCCGUUCUGACAGAAGUUUUAUUUAUUCGUCCACGUGACUGUCGCGGAAACUGCCACAUUGUAACUUUUUUUUAGUUGGCAGUACUUGAUAGUAGAAGAGAUGAGGAAAACAGCUUUGCGUCUUUCUACCUUUGAACUGCGCCGAGCUGUAAACAACGUGAAGACGAGACCACCUUCAGCGGUGAGGGGUCAUGAGAACAAAGUGAACGCUGGGAGGCGCGGAAUGUCGGGCUGCUCCGCCGGGUCGAGAGCUUCGCAGUUUCGGGCAGCGUCCUCUCUUCUCGCACUGUUUGUGACACUUCAAGUGCCCCGUCGGCUCCUGGGAGAGUGGAAAUCUUUGCAAAUGAGUGUAAUCGGCACCAUCGAAGCAGGGCUCCGUUUGUAAAUUGCCCUGCACGACAAGUUACUGUCCCUUAAGGUGAGCUCGGGUCACUAAAACCCCACAACAUUCAAGAUUGCUUUUGUGAUCAAUUAUUUUAAGAAGAUGGAGAGUUUACAUCUGAAGAUGUACAGACCUCUUUAUAUAAAGUGUUGCACUUGGGAAUUGUUUGGACCUUCUGCCCGUUAAGCACUGAAGGGCAGCAUCCGCAUUUAUAAGAAUUAUUUUUCUCUAAAUCACAGGCAUGUAGUGCAAGGUUGUCAGGCAGAAAUUUGGAAGAUCACAUAGAAAAUGUAAUUUCUAUACCCCAGCGGUCGUGUAGCACCUUUCAAAAGGAAUCUACUACCGAGAGAUGAUCCAAAUACAUUUUAGCUGCUGUUAGUACUACUUACCUGUUGUGUUAUAGCACCUUUAAAAUGUGGUUUACCUGAAACCACUCCAGUAGUGCUCAAUGUGUCAUUACUUCUUAAAUGUUAAUGUUUUACUUUUUAAUAACUUACAGACUACAUUUUAUUUUUUUCCCUUGCACUCAGUGAGCGAAGCCACUGGGUAAUCAGCUAGUUGUAUAUGAAAUAACAAAGCAGUCUUUUAUCUAUGUUCUUUUUGAGGGCAAGCAUUUAAUCUCAUAGAUAAUCAAAUUGUUUAAUUAGCAGUGGCCUCGAAUCUUGUAAAGAUAUCUGCGGUGAUGUAGGUUUUUAUAUUCUAUUCACACUCUGUAUGGUUCCUAAAUAAACUUUGGAAAG